GCAGAGACCCUUAGAUUUUCUUCAAUUUCCUCUAUUAGACCAAUAAAUUGCAGCAUUUUCGUUUUCUCUCACUCCCAUGGCUGCUAUGAUGAGUUCUCUCACCCUUUUGCGAGGCCCUUCAGUAGUGAAAGCUUUGGGUUUCAUAAAGGCAUCAAAUUUCAUACCAACAACUCCACCAGCUUUGGGUCUUCCCCUUCAUUCUCUCAGGUCUUAUGUAGCUGCUGCACAUGAUGAGGAAGCAGCUGCCAGGACAGCUGCCGUAAAUGCUGAUACUGGAGCUCCAACCAUAUUUGAUAAAAUCAUUGCAAAGGAGAUACCUGCCUCUGUAGUAUAUGAGGAUGAAAAGGUCCUUGCUUUUCGCGAUAUCAAUCCUCAAGCUCCCGUUCAUGUUCUAGUUAUCCCGAAGUUGAGGGAUGGAUUAACAGAGCUUGGCAAGGCUGAACAAAGACAUGAAGAUAUAUUGGGUAACCUCCUUUAUGCUGCCAAGAUAGUAGCAGAGAAAGAAGGCAUUGUCGAUGGCUUUCGAGUUGUCAUUAACAGUGGUGCUUCUGCAUGUCAAUCUGUAUACCAUCUUCACCUGCAUGUACUUGGCGGGAGACAGCUGAAAUGGCCCCCCGGUUAGAAUCAUUCUUGGUUACCUUGCCUGCAAGUUUUCCAUUUCUCAGCAUUGAUGUAAACAUCGCACGUUGUUCAAAUUCUGUGGCCUGCCGUUAUUAAAGUACUAUUGUUAAAAAUGAUUCAAGUAUAUUUGGUGAAUGACUCAGACAUUUUUCUUCAUUGCGCGGAUUUUGUGAAGGAUUUUGACUGUUUUUCUUCUCCA